AUUUUUUUAUAUUAUUUGCGCCUUUUUCUCCUCUGCCUUCUUUAAAUGCUCCCUCCUAGUUCUUUGGGCCUCUCUUUCUCGCGAUUUCAAGAACAAUAAACAACAGUGAAGCAUUAAGCAAACUGCAUAACGUUUGAAGUUGAAGAAAAAAAUAAAUAAAUACAGAGAAGAAAUCGUCGUUGUUGUGAACAUUGUGUGUUUGUCCAGAAAGGAAUGGAGGCUGUGUGUUUAAAAUCUGGGAUGCUUCCCACGAUCUCUAUUGGUGGGUCGCUGGACGCACGUGCCAAUCCUUCUCAGGUGAGCACGGUGGGGCGUUCCGCUGGGGAUAAACCGCCGCAAAGGUCGUUGUUUUCGAGGUUUUCCUUUCGGUAUCCUUUGGAAUCUCUCUGGCAUCGGGGGAACAACAGCAAGCACAAAGGGCUCGCCCUUGACGACGCCGUUUUGGCGGAUAACACGGAAGCGAAGGCCGUUAGGGAUGACGGCGAGGGUGACGGAACGGAACGCGGAAACUGGGUUUUGAAGAUUUUGCGCGUGAAGUCCGUGUGGGAGGGGAAACAGCGCGAUGAAGAGGAGGUCGCGGUUAAUGAUCAGACUCAAUGCAAUUACGACGGGGAGGAACUGUGUGAAUGCGAUGCUUGCGGAGUUGGGGAAGAUGACGGAUACGGUGACGCAGAAGAGGCUGAAUUCGAUAGAGGCUCCUUUUCCAGAAUGCUCCGAAGGGUAUCGUUAGCCGAAGCUAGGUUGUAUGCUCAGAUGUCACACUUGGGGAACUUGGCUUACGAUAUACCGAAAAUCAAGCCCGGGAAACUCUUAAAACAUUAUGGUUUGCGCCUUGUAACUUCAUCAAUAGAGAAGAAGGAAUUGGCAGCAAUAGCUGAAAAAGAUACCCAGAAAGUUGAAACUGACGAGAAGGAAGAAGAGGAAAAAGAAGAAGGAAAAAGAGAGGAUCCGAAGCACAGUGGGUACAACAUAAGUGCAACUGCUGCUUAUAACAUUGCCGCCUCUGCUGCCACAUAUCUGCAUUCUCAGACUAGGAGCAUAUUUCCAUUCAAAUCCUCAAAUGCAGUGACUGGUGAAGCUUCACUUGAUGGAAGCAAUGAGAGCCUAGACAGUAACUUAAUAAACUCAGAGGUGUCAUCUUUGAUGGCCACAACCGAUUCAGUGACAGCAGUGGUUGCGGCAAAGGAGGAAGUAAAGCAGGCUGUCGCUGAUGAUUUAAACUCUGCACAUUCAUCACCUUGUGAAUGGUUUGUCUGUGAUGAUGACGAGAGUGGUGCAAGAUUCUUUGUUAUUCAGGGUUCAGAGACAAUGGCUUCUUGGCAAGCAAACCUGCUUUUUGAACCGAUUAAAUUUGAGGGGUUAGACGUUCUUGUGCACAGAGGUAUAUACGAGGCUGCUAAAGGGAUGUAUGAGCAGAUGUUGCCAGAAGUACAUGCUCAUCUAAAAUCUCGAGGUUCUCGUGCAACUUUUCGUUUCACUGGGCAUUCUCUUGGUGGAAGCCUGGCAUUACUAGUAAAUCUCAUGCUGUUGAUUAGGCAGGAAGUGCCUGUGUCCUCUCUACUUCCCGUGGUAACAUUUGGUUCUCCAUCCAUCAUGUGUGGUGGGGAUAGUCUGCUAGAAAAAUUAGGUUUGCCUAGGAGUCAUGUUCAAGCAAUUACAAUGCACAGAGACAUUGUUCCUCGAGCAUUUUCUUGCAAUUACCCUAACCACGUUGCAGAACUGUUGAAGGCUGUCAAUGGGAACUUCCGUAGUCAUCCUUGUCUCAAUAAACAGAAGGUACUAUAUACACCAAUGGGUAAUCUACUGAUUCUGCAGCCAGAUGAGAAAUUUUCACCAAGCCAUCAUCUCCUGCCUUCAGGCAGUGGUCUAUAUCUUUUGUGUUGCCCUUUGUCAGAAUCCAAGGACACAGACAAGCAGCUCCGAGCUGCUCAGACGGUGUUCUUGAACUCACCCCACCCACUUGAGAUAUUAAGUGACCGUUCUGCUUAUGGAUCCGGAGGAAGUAUCCAAAGAGAUCAUGACAUGAACUCCUACUUAAAGUGUGUGAGAACUGUGAUUCGCCAGGAACUUAACCAGAUCCGUAAGGUCAAGAGGGAGCAACGACGGAAGGUGUGGUGGCCUCUUGUGUUAGCACGUGGAAUGGAUACCAGCAUUGGUGCUGGAAGGUCCAUGAUAUCAAUCAACGUAGGCCAACGCCAGUCACCCUUCUCUGGCAUGAUACAAACAGGGAGACAGUCCCUGAAAAGGUUCAAGAGGCUUGUUACAUCCCAGCAUAUUCAUUUGUUUGUGCUGUUCUUGUUCCCUGCCCGCUUGUUACUCUUGGGAACAUACAGCCUAAUUAGCCUUACAUGAAUUAUUAAUAUGAUUCAUUAUUAAUCAUGGGGGACAAUUGUAUAGGGCGAGGGACAUGCUUAGUGGCACAUCAUUACACACAUUAGAUGAUUCUUUAUUCAUUGAUUUCAAAAUUUAAAUCAUACGUUCUUAUCA